AUGGGUGCUGUCCUUGGUAAAAGGACACUAGAUAGUGAGUUUGAGACGUCCCAAAAAAAGACAAAGGAAGAGAAGAGACAGCAUGCGGGGAAGGACGAUCAAGAUGUGGAAGCAGGAAAAGCAAGAGGAGAAACUGGUGAUUUGGACACAGAGCCAGGGGGGGCUGGGACAGCUGAAGAAGUGGCGGCUGCUGCAGUGGCAGCAGCAGCGGUGAGGCAAGAAGAAGCACCAGCCACAGUGGGGGAGGCGCGGCCGUUGGUGUGCCGGCAGUAUUCGCUGGCGGAGGUGGCGGCAGCGACGGGCGAGUGGGCGGAGGCGAACCGCAUUGGCAGCGGCAGCUUCGGGGAUGUGUACAAGGGCGCUAACCCCACCGCUCCCCAUGAGAUCUGGGCCGUCAAACGCGCCAAGAUACUUACGAAUGACUUCAAGCGAGAGGUGAAUGAGAUGGCGACAAAGAAUCACCCGAACCUGGUGCGACUGCUGGGGUACUGCUUCGACAUGAACCACACCACGGAGCGCAUCGAGCAGAUUGUCAUCUACGAAUUCAUGGCCAAUGGCGACCUCGAGCGGUGGAUUGGACCCCGUGAGAUAUCUCAUUUGCUCUUCUCUACUCUACUCGUCUUUGCCUUGUUUCUCUUGACCCAACCCUUUCUCAUGCACACUUGA